GCUUAAAGUUUAACAAAGUUUUAGUCGAUGUGAGGAAAGUUAGUGUUGCUCUCACAGUGAGUCUGAUGUGUGAUUGGAAUGGAAAACUGUGCUGGAAUAAUUUUGUUGUUGUUUCUUAUUUGGACAGGCGUAAGGACGAUAGACUGGGAGGCACCGGUGCCUUACGAUCCGGUGUGGCUGGCUAGUGUGCAGCAGUAUGCUCCUGCACCUUCUCUCAAUGAGACCAGGUUUUGGUGGGUCACAGAGGAGGAUGUCGAAUUUUGGCUAUAUACAAGGCAGAAACCUCAAGCAUUAAAAAUAAAUGAUACCCAGGCACUACAAAAUUCAUACUUUCAUUUUAACAAAAAAGUAAAAUUAUUGUGCCAUGGUUGGUCAAAUAAUGGGACGAGUCCUAUGCCACACUCUCUCAAAGAAGCUUAUCUCAAUGUGACCGAUCUGAACAUAAUUGUAGUAGAAUGGGGUAAAGCAGCAAUGGUCAACUAUAUUCUGGCCAGUUACAAUGUUGCCAUGGUCGGUAGAGUUGUUACUGAGUUCAUUAACUUUUUAAUUGGUGAAGGAGUUUCUGCAGAUGACAUGCACCUUAUUGGGCACAGUCUUGGUGCUCAUGUUGUGGGGAUAGCUGGAGCUUACGUGAAGAACGGUCCGAUCGAUACGAUUACAGGACUAGAUCCAGCUCUUCCCCUUUUUAGCUACGGCAACAAGGACGCCCGGCUUGACAAACACGACGCUCGUUUCGUGGAAGUCAUUCAUACCUGCGGUGGCUAUCUCGGUUUUGCUUCGCCUUUGGGGCACAUAGACUUUUAUCCUAAUGGAGGUACGAGGCAGCCAGGAUGCGGGUAUGACAUUAGAGGGCUCUGCGCUCACAACCGGGCACACAUGUACAUCGCCGAGUCAAUAACGUCUGAUGUCCCGUUUGUGGCCGUCCGGUGCGAGAGCUACGACGAGAUCUACUACCAGGGCUCCUGCCAGGGCACUGGGGAAACCCUCAUCAUGGGUGGACUGCUCAUACAUUACGGGAAAGAAGGAAUUUAUUACCUUAGGACGAACGCAGAGAAGCCGUUUGCUAUAAGGGACCCCGCGUGAGACGAUUAAUUAUUAAUUCGUCGAGCCAACUUCGCCUGUACAUUAAAAUUUCAUAUUUAUUAUGGACCUUCACUCACCGAGAUACUAAAUUUACCUCCAAGAGCAAUUUUAAGGUUUGCAAAAAUGUAAUAAUUAUAGCACGAAUAUCGCUUUACGUAAUUAAUAGAAUGAGUCGGUUUUAGAUUAAGAUUAAUUAAGAGUAAGUAAA